AAACGCUCGACACGGAAUUAAACGGGGACCGCGGAGUGUCGCUGCUCUCACCACAGAUACAGCGUCGCUAAAACGACCGCACGCGCAGGCGUCGCAUACUCGUUUGUGCGCUCAUAUCAAGUAACAAAGUUACAAGCUUGCCAUGAAGAUGGCAUUGCGACGUGAUGCUUCUUCGAUCAUAGAUAUCACGUUAGCAAGAGCAGAGAUCUAGAAUGUAAAAUUAUGGAUAUAAGAGAUGACUAGAUCGCAGAGUGCGUACAUGUAGUAGUUCUAUAUAAGCCAUACAAAAAAUUUAAGUAGUAAAAUGUGCAGAAUUCCACAUCCGAUAUAUAAUCCGAUAUCCAAUAAGAAAAUUCACUUUUUAGUGUUCCUAGAUAGUAACUCUUUUGUCUGAAGCAAGCAAUAUAUAGCAGCAAACAUAUUCUUUUAUUGGAUAUGGACGUCAUACACAAUUGCCGGUCACACUGUGAAUCCUGCAAAGUAAAAAUAUUGACCAAUCACAGAUGAUCAUUUCUCGAUUGUAAGUAAAGCGGCACUCGAUGAUUUUUUGCUACUGGUUUGCUAACUGGAUUUGCGUGCUUACUGAACUACUCUUAUCUUCAAUUGGUAUUUUUUUAGAUCUAAAAGAAUAUACCAAUUAAAGACAAGAGCUCAGCAAGCGAAUCCAGCUAGCAAACCAGCAGAAAAAAAAAUAUCGUGUGCCGCUGGCUUAAUAAUGGAGGAUUGCAUGAAUUCAUCGAUUGCAACCUGAAAUUGGAAUACUUAUAUUCGUUAAAUUAAAUGAUUGACUGGCAAAAUGUCUUUGUUAAUUCGAAGAUACAAACUUGACAGUCUUUUACGAUACGUGAAAUUCGUCAAUUCGAUAAAAUUUCACGAGUUAUAUAUUUUACCAUUAACUAACCUAAUUUUGAUUUCGAGAAAUUUUUGUAAUACACAUGCGAAAUCGAAUAUUUCAAAUCAAAGUACUAAGAAAUUUUUAGAUUAUCUCGCGAAUGAAUAUAAAAACAAGUCUUGGGAAAAUAAAAACUUAACCGAAUUUAUCGACUUGAAGAGUUCUGGAAAUUUACUGAAUGAAAGAUUACAACUUAUAGACAAUAUUCAAAAUUUACAUGAUUUAGUACAACAAGAUGUAGAAAUGAAAAAGUUGGCACAAGAAGAAGAAGCAUUAUAUAAGAAGCAACUUGAUCAACUUGACAAGAGAUUAUUGGAUAUGAUAUUAACAAAUGUCUACAAAACUUCCUACGAUAAUAUUAUUAUUGAAAUAACAGCAGGUGUUGGUGGUCAGGAAGCAAUGCUAUUCGUCAAGGAUUUAUAUGAUAUGUACAUAGGUUACAUUAAAUAUUUAGAUUUAAAGUAUGAAAUAAUCAAUAUAGAAACAACUGACAACAAUGGCAUUAGACAAGUUAGUAUUAUGAUAUCUGGUGACCAGACUGCCAAAUUUCUACAUGAGGGUGGUGUACAUCGAGUACAGCGGAUACCAGUAACAGAAAAAUUAGGCCGGAUACAUACUAGUACUGCUUCAGUGGUAAUCUUACCAGUGCCAUUAGAAAAAGAGAUUGCGAUAAAUAAAAAAGAUCUGAAAAUAGAAACAAAAAGAGCAUCUGGUGCAGGUGGUCAACAUGUAAAUACCACUGAUUCUGCAAUAAGAAUAACACAUAUGCCAAGUGGGGUAGUUGUGACUUGUCAAGUACACAGAGCGCGAAAAAAUAAAAAAAUGGCGAUGAACAAAUUGAAGAGUAUCUUAUAUGAUCAGCAAUUGAAUAAGCAAACGUCGUUUAUUAGCGAGCUACGGCAGAAGCAGAUGGGAAUGAAACUGAGAAAUGAGAAGAUCAGAACAUACAAUUAUAACCAGGAUCGUGUGACCGAUCAUAGGCUGGGUCAGAAUGGAACAUUUUAUAACUUAAUGGAGUUUAUGCAAGGUGGAGCAGCUUUAGAAGAAUUGGAAAAUAGAUUAUAUGAACAUAUACAAAUGCAAACUUUGCUAGAAAUAAUAAAAAAAAUUAGAGACACAAGAUGAUUUUAGUCUUCUCUAAAUUUAUCAUUUUUCAUAUAAAAGAGCUUUUAUAUAGAUAAGUCAUUGUAUAUAUUACAGUCAAAUCUAAUCAUCUAAAUACAUCUUCAUUGAUUUUUUGACGAUUUUUUUUAAAUUUGAUAAUACAGGCUGAUUUAGUUAUUUAU